CAUGCCUGUGGCGUCUCCGGAGCUGGAGCAGCGAGCAGCCGGGCGAGAGUGAGAGGUCGGCCUGGUGAGAGAAGUGAAUGUGGCGCCUUCUAUGGGCCAGGCACUGUAAAUGCAGAAAAGAAUUAGAUAUCUACUCUGCACUCCCAACAGCAGAAAAUCUAAAGGCGGCAGAAGACAUGGGAGUAAUUUAAUACAUGCAGCAACUUAAAAAAUGACCAGCAUUAAGACAAUGGCCAAGAACAAAUGUAAAGGGCAGAAGCCCAGGAAUGUAUUUCACAUAGCCAGCCAGAAACACUUCACGGGGAAAAGUAAAGCAAAACCAGUUACCACGAAUCUUAAGAAGAUAAUCAUUAAGAAUGCUGAAAAAAUUAAAAGAAUGAAUGAAGCUUUUGUGAACAUACAGAAGGAGCUUGCUCACUUCUCUCAAGGCCUUUCCCUUGAACCUCUGCAGAAACAGCCGGCUCUUCAGCCAAGUCAGGAAAACAGACCAGUGAAUGUUGACGAAGCUACGAGAUUAAUGGCUCAGUUGUAAUGCACCUGGUGAUGCAUCAGAUUCCCCCAAAGACCAAUAAAUUAAAUGCUUUAUACAACUUUA